UUUUUGUUGGGCUGGGUUAUUUCACCCGAACCCGUCAGCGAGUCACCUGCCUUACCAGAAAGAGAGGGGAAACACACGGGGGAGAGAGAGCAAGAGAGCGGACUGGAGUGUCUAACCAGACAGAGAGCUUAAAAUCCAGAGACAUCUGAAUCUCUGAUCCAAUUGAAUCAACUAAAGAGAACAAACAGAAAAUUGUAGAAGAAGAGGAAAAAGAGAAAGAUGCUGCCCACAACUUCGAAAGGUCGAACGAGCUCUCAUGUCCGACCCAAUUCAGUAUUGCCUCAGUACCUUCGCCGAAUAAUCAAGUGGCAACAAAUGGACAUUGAAUAUACCUUUUGGCAAAUGCUUCACCUAUGCACCUCUCCUAAAGUAGUAUAUCAGCACACAAAGUACCACAAGCAAACAAAGAACCAGUGGGCACGUGAUGAUCCUGCAUUUAUCGUAAUAUGCAGUCUUCUGUUGGUGGUUGCUACUUUGGCAUACUGUGUUGCGUAUGAUCAUAGUGCAGGACAUGCUGUUUUUGUAGUUAUCUCGGUAUUGCUUUUUCAUUUUGUACUCACUGGAGCUACUUUGGCAACAUGUUGCUGGUUCCUAACCAACAAUUACCUUCGAGAGGAAGCUCCAAGCAGUCAUGCCGUGGAACAACGGGUAGAAUGGUUGUACGCGUUUGAUGUCCACUGCAACUCUUUCUUCCCUAUGUUUGUUUUGCUAUACGUUAUACAUUAUUUUCUCUCCCCUGUUUUGGUAGCUCAUGGUUUCAUUCCUGUUUUGCUGUCAAAUUUGCUCUUCAUGGUUGCUGCUUCCUACUAUCAUUACCUCAACUUUUUAGGUUAUGACGUAUUACCCUUUUUGGAGAGGACAACAUUCUUCCUAUAUCCAAUUGGCAUUGUCAUCGUCCUUUCACCCAUCUUUAUCUUAAUUGGCUUCAAUCCAUCAAGACACUUCAUGAACAUCUACUUCAGCAGAGCGUUAUGAAAUCAAGCUAACACUGGAUGAGGACAUGUUAGGAUGAAAGAUGCCUUCAGACAUACAUGUCGUGAAUAGGACAUUGUUGAGAUCAUUUGCAGAGGCUUUAAUUGUUAAUGUGAUUUGGGAACACUUGUUUAGUAUCUCUGGUUAGGUAAUUUUGAUGUUAUGAAUGAGAAAUAUAUCUGACAAGAGCCUUAUUUGUGCUUCAGCCCUAAAACUUCACCCGAUGAGUUCAUUCAAUGUAAAGAUUUUAUUUCUGAUUUUUUGAAUCAUAGUGGUGACUGUAGCAUUAUUCUUGAUUUCUUGUUCUGCGGUUAUAACAUUUACCAUUUGUUG